AUGUCACCUGAAACGCAAGAAUCCGGGCCCUCCGCAUCCCACACCUUCGCAGGAGUCCUGCUAGACUUUGACGGCACCAUCAUAGAUUCAACAGAAGCGAUAAUCGAGAACUGGAAAAGAAUCGGCAAUGAACUAGGCAUCGACCACCAUGAAAUCCUCCGCACCUCGCACGGGCGACGGAGCAUCGAUGUCCUACAACAAUUAGAUCCCACAAAGGCCAACUGGGAAUAUGUUAGCGAAAUGGAAUCCCAAAUCCCCACACUUAGCAAAACCCCCGCCGUCGAGAUCCCCGGUGCGCGCAAUUUCCUCGAAUCAUUAGCCAAAUUCCACAUUCCUCACGCUAUAGUGACAUCUGGAACGAAAGCACUAUUAAGUGGCUGGUUAAACGUCCUACAACUGCCUCAACCGCAACAUGUCACUGUAGCGGAGGAUGUCACAUUGGGAAAGCCGGAUCCGGAGGGAUAUCGCAAGGGGAAAGAGAAGAUUUUGGCUGGGAGGGAGAAUGAUGAUAAUGGAAGUAAAGAUGUUUUGGUGGUGGAGGAUGCUCCGGCUGGUAUUCGCGCGGGCAAAGCAGCUAACUGUAAGGUUUUGGCGGUUGCGACGACGCAUUCUGUCGAUGUGUUGAAGAGAGCUGGGGCUGAUUGGGUGGUGAGGGACUUGAGAGUCUUCAUCACCGGUGCAACAGGCUACGUCGGUGGCCAGACAGCAGUCACUCUAAUUGCUGCGCACCCCGAGUACGACGUCGUGGCACUAGUCCGAGACCAAGAGCAAGCCGAUAAGCUCAAGAGCCGCUUCCCCAAGAUCAGUACCGUCAUCGGGACCCUCGAUGAUGAUGCAGUGCUGAAGGAGGAGUCUGCUAAGGCUGAUGUUGUGCUGCAAACCGCCAGCUCCGACCACGUCCCUUCUGUGAACUCCCUUCUCAGUGGCCUAGCAAAUGGCAAUGGAAGAGGGAGAUACAUUCACAUCUCUGGCACGGGCGUUCUUAACGAUAUGUCGACUGGGCCGGGAAACCCCACUUCAAAGAUCUACGACGAUGUCAAAGACAUUCAUGAGAUCAUUAACCUGCCCGCGGAGGCUCUACACCGGAAUGUGGAUGAUGCGGUUAUCACAGGUGGAAUGCGGCUGAAUGUUCCCACAGCAAUUGUAUGCCCGCCUACUAUCUAUGGCGUUGGUGAGGGGCCGAUCAAGAAGCGGAGCAUGCAGGUUCCGUUCUUGACUGAAGCGAUUCUAAAUCGGGGGAAAGGGUUUACUGUUGGAAAGGGGGAGAAUCUCUGGGAUUACUGUCACGUCAGCGACGUAGCCAAAGCAUUCCUCGUCCUAACUGAAGAAGCACUGAAGCCCAACGGAGGCUCAGCAACCUGGGGCCCAGAGGGAUACUAUUUUGCCGAGGCCGGCGAGUUCUCAUGGAAAGGUGUGAGUGAAAAAGUCACCCAGAUUGCUCAGGAGAAGGGAAAGCUUGCUGCUGCGGAUAUCGAACCACUGGCCGUUGAAGACGCUCUUAAAUUCCAUCCGUGGGCGCCGGUUCUAUGGGGUGGAAACUGUCGCAGUCGGGCUAGUCGGCUGCGCGCUUUAGGGUGGAAGCCUGAGGGACCGAGCCUUUGGGGGGCCAUUCCUAGUAUCGUGGAGUUCGAGAUUCGUGCUCUUGGAUUGUGA